GAAGUUCUAAAAAGUAGAAUGGACAAAGCACUGAAUUGCGGAGCUGAAAUAUCAGUGUUUGUUCUCUCUCUCUCUUCACAUGACUCGUGACUCGGUUUUUCUACUUGUCCUGUCUUCGCUGCGUUACGUUCUUUCUUCUUUAUCACCUCUCCCGUGCCAAUAUUCUCCGAAUCUCAUGCUUCGAACGAUUGGUAAAGGAGGCUGCUUUGUGAAUAGGGGAAAGGAAGCAGCGGAAAAGUUUUUUUUAAUGGAAAACUAAUGUGGCUGCUGGCCUUUCGGCUCAUAAUAGGCGGAUUGAAGAGAAAAUAUGGCUUUUGAUUCAUUUCUACGGAGUGUUUUUUAGAGUUUUCUCUGGUUAUUUAGGUGGUCUGAGGAACCGCUUUUCGAAGGUGGUGUAGCAUAACAUUUGCGCUUAGUUUUCAUUAAAGUUGGAGUAGUGGACCUUAGAAAGCAAAAGGCUUCUCAAAGUUGUAAUUCUGACUUAAAGAAAAGCAAAGGGUUUGAUAUGCUUCGUACUUUAAGAAAGACCUGGAGGAAGAAGGAAGCUUUCGCCCUCUGCAAUGUUGGUAUCUUUUGAAUGGGUUACUGAUGUAGAGAAUGCAAAAAGUAGUCAUGAUAGCCUUGAUAUGCAGAAAUAAGACCUCAUUCGGCUAAGCCUCUAAGGCUUUGUUGCCAUGGGUGUUUCAGUUUCCAAACCUGGUAAUUCUGAUCCUCUGCAUCUAUGCAAAGAGCGCACUGAAUAUGUUAAGCAAGCCAUUGAUUCAAGAUAUGCUCUUUCAGCUGCUCAUCUUUGCUACAUUCAAUCCCUGCGCAAUAUAGGUUCAGCUCUAAGGCAGUUUGUGGAGCUUGAGAUUCCAGUUGAGCAAGCGUUAGCCAACUUGGAUUUAGAGAGAACACUAUCUCCUUCCUCUUUUUCUUCGCAGUCGCCUACUCACAUGGCUGAAGGAAGCCCCUUAUGUUAUAUGAGGAGUUCUGCAAGUCAUGAUGUUAUACAUAGAGUUGGUUCAUCAAAGAUUAAUCUUCUCAACGAACAGAUAAGCUCCUCAUGGGAUUAUUUUGAUCUCGGCGAUCCAGAAGUCUGUGAGAAGUUUCAGAAUCUGGAUAAGUGUUAUGACUCUCCAAGCCCAAAGUUUUCUAAGUUGAUAAAUUUGCGUCAGUUUAAGGAAUCGGAUGUAGUUCCUUUGAUUGAAGAACAGUUGCUGAAUUCCUAUAGAAGAAAUGAGGAGUUGAUCGAUGCCAUUAUUUUGGAUGAAAAUGUUAAAUAUGCUGAUCUUUGCAGAAAUAGACUGCAUUAUGAAUCAGUUGAGGAGCUUCAUGGAUCAAAGAUGAAGAAAGUUGACUUCUAUACACAACUAUGUGCGGAAAGAGAGGAUGCUUCUGAGUUCAUCACUCACAGGGCAAAGGACUUUUUGUCCAGUAUAAAAGAUAUUGAGAUUCGGUUUCUUAGAGCAGCAGAGGCUGGUACUGAUAUAUUAAAGAUGCUAGAGACUAGGAAAAUCUGGUUUAACAUCUCUACAGAGAUACUAGGAAAAUGGCCUAGUUCAAGAUUUCUUUCAUCCUUUCUACUUUCCUGCUGCAAGAAUGAGAAUGCGCUGCAUCAUAAGAAUUUAGAGCCAGUCACGAAAGUUAUUACCUGGAAUCGCCCAGUUUCAUCACUAUCAUCAUCUUCUUCAUGCAAAAACCAUCUUGCCUUAGCACAUUCUUUUGAGAGCGGUGGUGAUGAUGGUGGUGAUUUCAGUGAUGAAUUUUGUAUGAUAUCGGGAAGCCAUUCAUGCACAUUGGAAAGGUUGUAUGCAUGGGAGAAGAAGCUUUUUGAUGAAGUGAAGGCAAGUGAAACUAUCAGAAAGGAAUUCGAUCAUAAAUGCAGACUGCUCAGGCACCAAUAUGCAAGGGGCUUGAGUAUUGAGGCAAUUGACAAAACUCGGUCUGCUGUGAAAGACUUGCAUUCCCAGUUAAGAGUUUCAGUUCAAGCAGUUGAUUAUAUAUCUAAAAAGAUUGAGAAACUAAGAGAUGCAGAAUUGCAACCUCAGCUUCUGGAAUUGACAAAUGGGUUGGUUCGAAUGUGGAAAGUGAUGCUUGAGUGCCACCAUGCACAGUUCAUCACAAUCUCCUUAGCCUACCAUGUUAGGAGUUCAAGGAUAGCAUUUAAGGAUGAAUCCUACAGGCAAACUCUCAUGCACUUUCACGGUGAGGUAAACUGCUAUCUUUCCUGCUUUACAAGUUGGAUCAACGCUCAUAAAUACUAUUUGGAAGCUCUGAACAUGUGGCUUCAAAAGUGUAUUCUACCACCCCGAGAAUGCCACAAAUACAGAAAGGUGGCAACCGCCUUCCCUCCUCGCCAAACUGUUUUUCCCCCUAUAUUUGUUCUAUGCCAAAAUUGGUUGGCUGGAAUAAACUCACUCGCAUACAAAGAACUCUGCGAUGCCAUUGGAGGUGUAGUAUCAAUAAUUGAGUCCAAAGAAAACGAAAAAUGGUAUGGUGACCUGGAGAUUGAGAAUAUGCUAGAAAGUGUUGGAAGAGAGGAGAAAAAAGGCAGAGAGAACUGGAGAUUGAGCGGUUUGCAGACAAGCUUGAAGAGGUGGUUUGAUCAGUUAACAAAGGUUUCUGAAGCAGCGGUCAAGAUUUUCGAAGAUGUUCAGAAGUCAAAUGAUGCAGCUUCCAUGGAAUAUAAACAAACUAUAGGUUUUUAGUUUGACUCUGCCACACCAGUCACCUUCACAGAAAUAAUGAAUCGGGGGAUGCAAAUAGAAUAGACUGAAAGCUGCACUCAAUCGCAUAUCUGUAAGAACAAGCCUUAACGCUCCAGUUGUAAAUUGCUAUUUUCAGAAAAUAAUACUAAUCUUAUGUUUUAUUUUUA